GCUAAUAACAUCCUCUGCUUGAGUCCUUUUGAAUGGACAUUUUGGACACAUUUUAUGUAACUGUGUGCCUUACAACCCAAAACGCGAGUGGGUUUAUUUUUUUGCGGGAGCAUAAGCGUGUGUGGAGUUACGCCCACUGUCACGGAUAUCUGGCCGAGAGGCUGACAGUGACAGACCGUAGAAAGCAGCCUGCUUUCCCCGGCGCCGGGAGCCACCAACCCGGCCGGUGGGGACCGGUGGGAUCGGCUAGCUGGAAGGCUAGCUAACUGUCAUUAGCCGAGGAGAUCCUCUCUGACCAGCAUCCUCACACACUUUGCUGCCUUGACGUCAACUUAAAAGGUGUGAAGAUGGACUGAAACAUGAAGGGUGGAACUGUCCCAUCACCCAAAUAAGAGGGUGUCUCUCUUAGGUUGUGCUCUGCAGCUUCACUCUGACUGAGCUGGGAGACAGAGAGGAAGAUGCCUCCCAGGCCGUCCUCAGGGGAGCUAUGGGGCAUCCACUUGAUGCCUCCCAGGAUCCUGGUGGACUGCCUGCUGCCCAAUGGGAUGAUUCUGACCCUGGAGUGUCUCCGUGAGGCCACGCUCAUCACCAUCAAACAUGAGCUGUUCAAAGAGGCCAGGAAAUAUCCUCUUCAUCACCUCCUGCAGGAGGAGACAUCCUAUAUCUUUAUCAGUGUAACACAAGAAGCCGAGCGGGAGGAGUUCUACGACGAGACCCGGAGGUUAUGUGAUCUCCGACUCUUCCAGCCUUUCCUCAAGGUCAUUGAACCAGUUGGCAAUAGAGAGGAAAAGAUCCUCAACAGAGAGAUUGGUUUUGCCAUUGGUAUGCCUGUGUGUGAGUUUGACCUUGUGAAGGAUCCGGAGGUUCAGGACUUCAGGAGAAACAUCCUGAAUGUUUGUAAAGACUCUGUGGAGAUGAGAGAUGCCAGCGGGCCCCACAGCAGAGCGCUCUAUGUUUAUCCUCCCAAUAUAGAAUCCACACAGGAACUUCCAAAACACAUCUAUAGCAAGCUGGACAAAGGUCAGAUUAUCGUUGUGAUUUGGGUGAUUGUUUCUCCAAACAAUGACAAACAAAAGUAUACACUGAAGAUCAACCACGACUGUGUGCCUGAACAGGUGAUUGCAGAGGCCAUUCGUAAGAAGACACGCAGCAUGCUGCUGUCCCCAGAGCAGCUGAAGAUGUGUGUGCAGGAAUAUCAGGGUAAAUACAUCCUCAAAGUGUGUGGCUGUGAUGAGUACCUGCUGGAAAAGUACCCCAUCAGCCAGUAUAAGUAUAUCCGAAGUUGCAUCAUGCUGGGCAGGCUGCCUAACCUGAUGCUAAUGGCCAAAGACAGCUUAUACUCUCAGUUGCCUACAGACAACUUUGUCAUGCCGUCGUACUCUCGACGCAUCUCCACGGCAACAUCCUAUAUGAAUGGCGAGACAUCUGCCAAGUCGCUGUGGACCAUCAACGGGACCCUGCGGAUACGAAUCCUGUGUGCCACCUAUGUUAACGUCAAUAUACGGGACAUAGACAAGAUUUAUGUGAGAACAGGCAUUUACCAUGGAGGUGAACAGAUGUGUGACAAUGUCAACACGCAGAGAGUACCUUGUUCUAACCCGAGGUGGAAUGAAUGGCUCACCUAUGAUAUGUACAUCCCUGACAUACCUCGAGCCGCCAGACUCUGCCUCUCCAUCUGCUCUGUCAAAGGCAGGAAGGGAGCCAAGGAGGAGCACUGUCCACUAGCUUGGGGUAAUAUCAAUAUGUUUGACUACACUCACACUCUGGUGGCCAACAAGAUGGCUCUGAAUCUUUGGCCUGUCCCUCACGGCCUUGAAGACCUCCUCAACCCCAUCGGAGUCACUGGAUCCAACCCUAAUAAGGAAACCCCAUGCCUGGAGCUGGAAUUUGACCACUUCAGUAGUUUGGUCAAAUACCCAGAAAUGAAUGCAGUAGAGGAUCAUGCAAACUGGACCAUCUCAAGGGAACUGGGGUUUAACUACAACCUUUCUGGACAGAGCAACCGGUCGGCCAGAGAUCAUGCCCUGACGGAUAGCGACACUGAGCAGAUGAGACAGCUGAGUAACAGAGACGCUCUCUCAGAAAUCACUGAGCAGGAGAAAGACUUCCUCUGGAGACACAGACACUACUGCAUGAACAUCCCUGAGAUCCUUCCCAAGAUCCUGCUCUCUGUCAAAUGGAACUCCAGGGAUGAAGUAGCACAGAUGUACUGUCUGUUGAAGGAAUGGCCGUCCACCCGCCCUGAGCAGGCCAUGGAGCUGUUGGACUGUAACUACCCAGACCCCAUGGUCAGACACUUUGCUGUAUGCUGCCUCGAAAAAUACCUGACCGACGACAAACUGUCCCAGUACCUCAUCCAACUUGUACAGGUAUUAAAAUAUGAGCAGUAUCUCGACAAUCCCCUGGCCCGUUUCCUCCUCAAAAAGGCUCUGACCAAUCAAAGGAUAGGUCAUUUCUUCUUCUGGCAUCUAAAGUCAGAAAUGCACAACAAAACAGUGAGCCAGAGGUUUGGGCUACUGCUGGAGGCGUACUGCCGGGCCUGUGGGAUGUACCUCAAACACCUGAGCAGGCAAGUGGAGGCCAUGGAGAAGCUCAUUAACCUCACUGACAUCCUCAAACAGGAGAAGAAAGAUGAGACGCAGAAAGUCCAGAUGCGGUUCCUUGUGGACCAGAUGAAGAGACCGGACUACAUGGAUGCUCUGCAGAACUACACCUCUCCUCUCAACCCUGCACACCAACUGGGAAACCUGAGGUUAGAUGAAUGCAGGAUCAUGUCGUCAGCGAAGAGACCGUUGUGGCUGAACUGGGAGAAUCCUGACAUCAUGUCCGAGCUGCUCUUUCAGAACAAUGAGAUCAUCUUCAAAAAUGGAGAUGACCUGCGGCAGGAUAUGCUGACGUUGCAGAUUAUUAAAAUCAUGGAGAACAUUUGGCAGAAUCAGGGGCUGGACCUACGGAUGCUUCCGUACGGCUGUCUGUCGUUGGGAGACUGUGUGGGGCUCAUUGAGGUGGUUCGCAGCUCCCACACCAUCAUGCAGAUUCAGUGUAAAGGAGGCUUGAAAGGAGCCCUGCAGUUCAACUCAAACACUCUGCACCAGUGGCUCAAGGACAAGAACAAGGGCGAGAUGUAUGACCUGGCUGUGGAUCUGUUCACGAGGUCCUGUGCUGGCUACUGUGUAGCUACAUUUAUCCUCGGGAUAGGAGACAGACACAACAGCAACAUUAUGGUCAAAGAUGAUGGACAGUUGUUUCACAUAGAUUUUGGCCAUUUCCUUGACCAUAAGAAGAAGAAGUUUGGCUACAAGAGAGAGCGUGUGCCCUUUGUGCUGACACAAGACUUCCUCAUCGUCAUCAGCAAGGGUUCCCAAGAGUGUGCCAAGACCAAAGAGUUUGAGAGGUUCCAGGAGAUGUGUUAUAAAGCCUACCUGGCCAUCCGGCAGCAUGCGAACCUGUUCAUCAACCUGUUCUCCAUGAUGCUGGGCUCCGGCAUGCCUGAGCUGCAGUCAUUUGAUGACAUUGCCUACAUCAGGAAGACGCUGGCCUUGGAGAAAAGUGAACAGGAGGCGUUGGACUACUUUAUGAAACAGAUGAACGAUGCUCACCAUGGAGGGUGGACCACCAAGAUGGACUGGAUAUUCCACACAAUCAGACAGCAUGCACUGAACUGAUCUCCUGCACACAAACAACACAACACCAGUCCCGCCAUGAAGUAACACCUCAGUGAUGAAGGAAGUUUACACCCAUACCAUUUCUGUUCAUCUAAACAAGGUUCCGGUUUUUCUUUGGCCAUAAUCAUAUGCUUUCUUCUCAACAAUCGGUUCUACAAGAGAUUGUUGUCUCCAUGUCCUUGUGAAGAUAUUCCCUUCCUGGCCAAUGCAUCCACAAACAGGAACAAACUGGGAAACAAAGAAAAUGUUACCUCUCACCCUGCUGCUCUUGUUGGGAAAACACAAAUUGGACAAAACAGCUUAAAGAAAAUCGUCCAAUCGUAUGAAGCCACAAAGUAAAUCCAACUUGCUGCCGUUCUACUGUGUUAGCUCUGCACUGUGGCUCCAUCCCAGAAAGAGAUGCUUGUAUCUCUGCUGAGAAGAUAGCGUGCACAAAAGAACAUAUCAAACCUAGUAUUUGUUACGCAAAUAUGUUGCACAUCGCAAGAUUAAAGAAGUAUGACGUAAGUAUGACUUACCACUGUUCCCUCCUGAGCUGAUUUGGUGUCAGCUUCGCCACCUUUAACCCUCUGUGAAAAGAACUGCAUAAGAGCCUGUCGGUUGUUUUGCACAGCUCUAAAGUCUCCCUCGGCCUCAAAGAAAAAGCACUCCACCCUUGGGAACAUUUGUUGGUGGCGCUGCUUUAGACUCAUAAACUUCAGGGUGAUGAUGCCUCUCCAUCAAAAAACAGCACUUAAAAAGUAGUAGAAUACUAUACAGGUUUAUUAUGACUUUUUUUUAUUUAUUUAUGUAUCUAGUUUAUCCUUUUUUUACACAUGCAACACUCAACUCUCCAGAAACACACUUGUUUGUUUCAAUAUAUAUUUGGAGUUUUUUUGUAUUUGUGCUUCCUUUAUCUGACUACCAUGAGUUCUGCAAAUGACGACUACUAAUGCCCUUUUCGCCUCCUGCAAUUCUAAGUUAAACAUCAGUUUGUUAGUGACGCUAGUUUGCAGCUUGGAAUUUGUGAUAAUGAAUUUGUUUGGGGAUGCACAUUUGGUAAUGAAGGAAAGUGCCAGUCUCACGCUUUGAAUAAUGUGAUCUAUUUAAAGCCUCUGGCUGUCUAUUUUGUUGGCGAGCAGAAGCCCAGGGGAAUGUCACGUCUUCCUGAUGAUAAAAUGCCUUGGCGUCACAGAACCUGAUUCACAUUGCUAAGCCCGACAGCCUACAUAUUUGUAGUAAACAAACCAUGACCGCACUAUUUACAUGAAAAGCUAGAUUUUAGGUUUUAGUAACAUGAAAACCAAUAUCUUUUUAUUAUUUCUAACUAUGCGAUAUUUAUCGUUUCAUCUCUUUAAAUGUCAACUGAUGGACAUAGUUCGUCAUACACAUUUCGUUUAUAUGUUUAUCCAUUUUUAUUUGAAUAACAUCUUUCACUGAGCAUGUAAUAAACCUGCCAGUAUUUGAGCAAUGCUCUCUAAAUCCUGGCUCUUUAUUUUCCAAACUUUUUACAUAUCCUCCCCAACGGAAACAUAUGAGCGUGUAGGUUUUUCAACAUGUUUAAGUCAAAACAAAAUAGCCUUUACAAAUUCCAUUGGAUCGCUCAAUAGUAAGCAGAUAGAGUGAUAUAUAGCUGUAGAGGAAGCAUAGUCUCUGCCCACACCUCCUUCAGCUGUGGUGUCUAUAGGCAGAGGAUGAGGGGAAAUGUAUGAAUUAGACGUUAGCGCCAUUCUUUGGACAUGUUAACAUAGUUUUAUCAACUGAUAUCAACAUACUUUUUUAUCUGGUAGCUCGAUUAAGCCACUCUUAAGUUCUAUAGUGAUCGUCACAAUCACAUUUAAUUGAAAGACAGGGAUUUUGACUUUGUUCCAUUGAGCAAAGUCACCUUGUCUUUUGAGAUUGGUAUUAGCUAUAAAAUGUGUUUUUAUAAACAGAAAACCCUGAUUGACUGUAAGCUUAGCCAGUUGAGAACGUGUCAAAUGAUGAGCUUUGUUGAGGAGAGAAUGUAUUAUUUAACAAAAGUAGCUCAGAGCAGCAUCAUGAGCCCCUGACACCUCUACUGUGUACCUAGAAAGAUAUUUGGAUGUGCUCAUGGCUAGAUUAUCAUCUUCUGUUUGAAAGUAGAUCUGCCAGUGAAAAAGGAAGUAUGCACUUUUCCCAACUGUUGAUUGUAUGGAAAAGCCUAAAUGGUGGUCUGUUCUGGUAUGGCACACCUGUGUGUUGUCAUAUUACUGCAACAUUAGUGGCUAGAAUGUAUUGAGCUGUAAAAUAUGUGCACUCUUUUUCUGGUUUUUGCGUCAUUUAUGGUUUCUCUCUAAAGUGUCAAAUGCAGUGCCACUAAACAUACAAGAGGUGAUCGGCAGAGAGCUCUUCUCUUCUUUCUCUCAAUGUGCCAAACACAGGUUCACUGAGGCCUGUGGAAGAUAAUGCUGAAAUUAAGUAGGCAUAUCAGUUUAUCUUAAAAUAAAAAAGAAGAGGUUGGUGUAUGCACCUUAAAAUAGCCUUUUUGUCCAGAAGAACGUUAGCCUAGUGUGCAUGUCAGGAUAACCAGUUUGUACACUUUGAAGCAGCAUUAGCCGUAUGUAUGUAGAGUUGCAGUCAGACUGCUUUUUUUUCUAUCCUGAGCUCAUAUAUGACAACCUGCAGUGUUACUAUCAUUAUUAUCUCUUCCCAUGUAUAUGUUUGUGUGAACUCAUUUCUCUCUGUACAGGAUGCAGAGCUUCAUUGGCAGGCCCCAAUGAAAACCCACACUGUGUGUAUGUAGCUUACAUGUGUGAGAUGACACUAAACACUUUUUAAUUGUUUGUUAGGAAACAUAAGUGAGAGGGAACUUUUCAUACGGUUGUAAAUGUUUUACUUGAGAUAUUGCAUAUCAGAACCGCAGCUGUAUUUUGUUUUUGUUUUUAAGUUGAGACUGGUUGUUGUGCAUUGUCUAUUUAUUACUGAUUGUGAGAGCUUGUGUGUGUGUGUGUGUGUGUGUGUGUGUGUGUGUGUGUGUGUGUGUGUGUGUGUGUGUGUGUGUGUGUGUGUGUGUGUGUGUGUGUGUGUGUGUGUGUUCAUGUGGUAAAGCAGGGCUGUUUGUUUAAUAAUGUGGUUAUUGAUGCCACAGUUAUACAUGAGUGAAGAAACAAGUAUUUCUUGAAGUGAUGAAUGUUGUUCUAGAGCCAAAUUCCAGGUGCAAAGUAUUACAAAUAUAUAUUUAUUGUUCUUUCAUUAUCCUGAGACUCAAACUCAUGAAAAUUAGGUCCAAGUGAUAGCUCUCACAGACAGCAUGAUUAUGUGUCUAAAGUUCUGCUUGUCCUCAACUUAUGCACUGAAUUUGUACAGGGUAUCUGCAAUAGUAUUGCACUUGUUUUUCCACCUGUGAAGGCUGUGGUGGCUUCCAUGCUUUAUCCCUUUUGACUUUAAAGCAACAUUAAAAAAAAAAAGGUGUAAUUGUAUGAAUCAACAAUCUACAUAAUGAUACAUUAUCAUUUACCUGCUGUUUUCUCAGAAUGUGGAGUUAUUGAAUCUCUUUGAACCCGCUUGUGUGCUGAGAAAUACUGUGAGAUUUCGUGAGGUUAAACAGAGAGGGGAGGGAGGUCCUGUUUCCAUUCAUCUUCAGUUUGCCCCUGCUAAUACAAUCACAAGAUGUUAGCUAUGAUUUUAAGACAACCAGUGGACAUAAUAACAAACACACAGGAAAUAAGAAUGCAAUUUAAUGCAAUAUCCAUGCAGUGUUUACUGCUCUGUGAAAACCUAUUGUUUUUUAUGAUAUUCAAAUGUGUUUCUGUUACGAUCUGUAAACAUAAUCAACAGGUGUUAGUUUGUCCACCACCUGUAGGAACUCUAUUGUUUCUGUAAAGCAGUUCAAAAGCCACUGUUACUGCUUUUGUUUUUAAUACAAAUUGCAUUGCUAGGAAGCCUUUGAAUAGGCUUUGAACAGAAUGAAUGUCAAGGGUUUUAAACUAUUGUACUUCCAAGAGCAAGUAUGACUAAUCAAUAAGAUUAUUGAUCAUUAGUGAUCAUUUAGCUUUUGAAGUAUCCUAAAUGUUAAAGGGAAAUAUCGACUAAAUGGUCAGUAGCUUAAUGUUCAGUUCUGUAUGCAGUGCUCUAAACUACACUAGUGUGUCGAAUAUUUCCUCAACAUGCCGUGCUGUCAGAACCUUAACCUAUACUAUGAAUGAAUGUACAUCGAGCCAUGUUUCCCACAGCCUGUACCUGCAUGAGCUUGGGUAAAGAGGAAUAUUCUUUUUCAUUGUUUUAGUUUUCAUAUUCAGCCUGCUAAGCAGCCAUACAAAUGUUUAGAAAUGAAUGCCUUACGUUUAUAGGAACAUUUUCAUCGUCACAAUAACCUGCAUUUAUUAAAAGAAAUGUAUUUCAUUUAGGCUCGCAGGGUAAAGAUUUGUACCCUGACCGACUGACUGGUCAUCUGAGUGUUUGUGAAGAUGUACAAAUAAAUGUGUUAAACAUUCACCCCGCUUCUGUUUGCUCGUACUUUCCCCUCCUGCAGUUUCACUCUACAGCAAGCCUUCACAAAGCCUUACUGGAUUGAAUAAAGCAAUGAAUUAUAUCGUCAAUAUGUUCAAAUGUAAUGACUUUAUUUAUUUUAUUCAUUUCCAGGGCUUGAAAAGAAGAUUUCCGGGUAUCCAAAGGACUUCAUCCGGAUGUUGACAAUGUUAAAAGACCAGUAAGAUCAUUUAGGCUGAUAAAA